AGAAAUGCUGCUUAUAUGCCCCUGGAGAAUUAUUUUGCCUAUGGAUAUGUAAGGGUUUUUUUUUUCUUUAUUUUAUAAGCCAAUUGUAUCAGGAUUUUCUGAUUCUCAAAAACAAAUGCAUCCUAAUGGAAACAUUCAGUUAGUAUGGGAUACCUAAGAGGAAGUGUUUUUCUUCUUAGUUCCAGUUAAAGCUCUGGGAUAAUGGAGCAGCUUCUGUCACAUAUCUAUUUCUAAGCCAAUGUCUCUGGGUCUUGGGCCUACCCUAGAGCUGUGGCUUGAACAGCCCUCCACAACAAAUUGCCCAGACUAAGAGUGAGAACCAAGAAAGCAGUAGUCGUUACCCAAGCAAAUGUGAAUGGAUUCUAGUCAGGCUAAAUUAACAGAUGUUUAUUAAAAUAAGGUUCAAAAAUGAGAAUAUUUACCAAUAAUUAUUAUUAUGUUUACCUACUAUAUGACAUGGGUUGUCUGCGUUAGUCCAUUUUACAUUUCUAUAAAGGAAUACCUAAGGCUGGGUACUUUUUAAAGAAAAGGGGAUUAUUUGCCUCACGGCUCUGCAGACUGUAUACGUGAAGCAUUACCCUGGUAUCUGCUUCUGGUGAGGGCCUCAGGAAGCUUUUAGUCAUGGCAGAAAGGAAGGGGAGCCAGAGUGUCACAUGGUGAGAGAGGGAGCAAGAGAGAAGGGAGAAGUUGCCAUGCUCUUUUAAAUAACUAGCUCCCAUGUGAAUAAUUGUCCUAGUUCAUUAUCUAAAGCUAGCCCUACCAUUUGUGUCUGGGAUCCCUUCCAAAGGACUUUUCUUCUCUAAAUAGCUCCUCCUUCUAGAUCAUGAAUAUAUGCUGAUCUACUGGAUUAUAAAUAUCAGCAUUUAUCAGUCUUUAAUAACACUCACUAAAAGCAAACCUAACCAAACAGCACCCUUUAAACACAUUUCCUCUCUGGCUACUAGGCUAUUUCGUGACUCCUUUACAUACAGACACAAAAAAACUCACUGCCCCCAUUUUCUCCCUGCCUCAACUUCCUUCCCUCUCAUUCUUUCCUCCCCAAUAGGGCUUUUGUCCUCACAAUUCAAAAAGGGCUCUGAAAACCAAUCAAUAGCAAACCAAUAGCAAGCCAAUCAAUAGCAGUCAACAGCAAACUAAUCCAGUAGCAAAUUCUCCAUUGUCACCUGACUUGGCUCCUCAGUGGCAUUUGACAUGGUUGACCACUUCCUUCUUCUUGAAGAGCUAUCUGGGGUUCUGUGGAUUCUCUGAUUUUUCACUCAUUUUACUGGUUCUUUUUCUUCUCACAGAUGUCUAAAUUCUGGAGUGUCCUAAGGCUCAGUCUUUGGUCCUCUUUUCUCAUAUAUCAAUACAUGCCCUAUAGGUAACAUCAACACAUCUCUAGCCUAGAUCAAUCCCCUAUAUGCCAGACUUAUAUAUUCUACUGCUUACUUGAUAUCUUUUGUGGUUCUAACAGGUAUCUUAAACAUAGCAUGGCUGAAAAGAAGUCCUCCCUCCAAAAUCUGCUUUUAGUUGAUGUGAAAGAAACAAACAAAAAUGGUCAUUCUUUGCUUUUCUCUCUCUUACUCCCAUACUCACAUCUAUCAAUAUGUUUUUGUAAUCCACAUCCAAGAUUUCCAGAAUCUCACAGGUUCCUAUCAUGUCCUCUUGUAAAACAGGUUCCAUCAUCUCUCCCUACAGCCACAGGCUCUGACCUAGCUUUCCUGCUACAUUUUGUUCCCUUACAGCUGUUCUUCACAGAGCAGGCAGAAUGAUCUUCCUAAAGAAAUAAUCAGAUCCUGUUUCUCCUUGCUUAACAUUUUAUUAACUUUCUGAAAUAUUCAGAAUAUAAUCCAGACACUUUAUUAUAGUAAGCACUUCCCUUUGACUUCAGGGUCUGGAUUCAAUGGCAUCCUUUCUCGUCCCUAAACAUGACAGGAAUAUUAUCAUCUUACAACCAUUGCACUUCCUUUGCUUAGUUUGGAAUGCUUUUGUCUCAAAUCUUUGCGUGAUUACCUCUUUAUGAUUCAGAUCUUUAGUCAAUGUCAGCUUGUCAAAGGGGCCUUUCACAAUUACCCUAACUCCAUGACUCCUCAAAUCAAUGUCUUAUUUUAUUUACCCUCUGACUUAUGAGUAGUGUAACACAAAUGAUCUUCUUUAUUACUGCAUUUACCUAUUUAUUCUAUGCUUCCCCCUGUAGAAUGCAAACCCCUUGAAGACAGGGAUUUUGUCUGUCUCAUUUACUGCUGUGUCUCUGGAGCCUAAAACAGUAGCCUGUUUUGUUGUUGUUAGUACCCAGCAUAGUGACUAACACAUCACAGGUGCUCAGCAAAUGCAUGUUAAAUAAAUGACUAAAAUUCACACAUAGUAUUGAAAUAAUUGUUUUCAUUAUAAUUCCUAUUCAGGAAUACUUUAUUCUUGUUGCAGUAGCAUGGUACUACUGCAACAAGAAUAAAGACAACAAUAAUAAUAGCUACCAUGCAUUGGUUACUUACUAGGUGCCAAGAAUUAUGCAAAAUACUUUUAGUGAAAAACUACAUUUAAUUUCACAACAAACCUAUGAGAUAGAGACUGUUAUUGCCUAUUAAAAUUUUACAAAUGAGGAAAGAAGCUUAGAGAGUUCAGUAACUUGCCCAAGUUCAUAUAGUUAAUGAAUGGCAAAGUAGGGCCUUGAAUCCAGCCCUGCAUGAAACCAGUGCAACUAUCCUACCCAUUCUGCUGUGCCAGCGGUCUCAGGGAAGUAGCCAUUUCAUAGAACUAUAGAAUCCUAUGAUUUGAAGGGGUCUGAGACAGAUCUUAUCAUCUGGCACACUCCAGCUGAAUGAUUGCUUAGCCUCUGAGUUUAGAUCUGUGUAUUAUUUACACCCAUUGGUCUUAGUUUCACCCCUUUCUUUCAGAGACGUGGUUGUGCAUAGUAACUCAUUUCUUUUAACAUAUAUAGGUAUUUUUUCAAUCAAGUGUCUGUAAAUGCUGGUGGCAUUUGGUAGUCUAAGUAAACUGUUAUAGUUCAAGAUCAUUCCAGAGACGAGGAAUGAGUAAAUAUUAACAACCCCCUGUGCUUGGUUGGAACUUGAAAGGACUGCAUAACAUCAGUGAGCAAGCUUUUGUCAAUCACAAUCUAGACAAGAUUAGUCUUAAAGUCCAAAGAAGAACCAAAGUUCACUUUAGUGUAGAAGUUUCCGCGCAGUUCUCUUGGUUAUUGUUUGCAAGUUUAAGGAAAAGAAAAUGAUGAAGGAGAAAGAGAAAACCAUUGCUAUUGUGAAGGUUAUAGACACUUCAAAGUUAAAACUGUUAUCUGGAAGUAUUUUGGAUGUGUAUAGUGGUGAACAAGGAAUUUCACCAGUUAACAUGGGGCUUACAAGUGCUUCUUGUCCAAGUAGUCUACCAAUGAAAAGAGAAAUUACAGAAACUGACACUAGAGCUUUAGCAAAAGAGAGACAAAAAAAGGACAACCACAACCUCAUUGAAAGAAGAAGAAGGUAUAAUAUUAAUUACCGAAUCAAGGAGCUUGGCACUCUUAUUCCAAAGUCUAAUGAUCCUGAUAUGCGCUGGAACAAAGGAACCAUUCUAAAAGCAUCAGUGGAGUACAUCAAGUGGCUACAAAAAGAACAACAGAGAGCCCGAGAAUUAGAACACAGACAGAAGAAAUUAGAGCAGGCUAACAGGCGACUUCUACUUCGGAUUCAGGAACUAGAAAUUCAGGCUCGUACUCAUGGUCUGCCAACCCUGGCUUCACUUGGCACGGUUGAUUUAGGUGCUCAUGUCACCAAACGGCAGAGCCAUCCUGAACAGAAUUCAGUAGACUAUUGCCAACAACUGACUGUGUCUCAGGGGCCAAGCCCUGAGCUCUGUGAUCAAGCUGUAGCCUUUUCUGAUCCUUUGUCAUACUUCACAGAUUUAUCAUUUAGUGCUGCAUUGAAAGAGGAACAAAGAUUGGAUGGCAUGCUAUUGGAUGACACAAUCUCUCCAUUUGGAACAGAUCCUCUGCUAUCUGCCACUUCCCCUGCAGUUUCCAAAGAAAGCAGUAGGAGAAGUAGCUUUAGCUCAGAUGAUGGUGAUGAAUUAUAAGAAAUAAACAGACCCAAUUCAUCAACUGGAAAGCAAUUCUAUGCUGGUGCUAUGCAAUUAUGCUCUGUGUUUCAUAUGUUGCUUUGGCUUAUUUUUUUUCUUAAAGGAAUGUGUUGUUCAUGAAAAACUGAUAGAAGCAACAGAAGAAUUCGCAGGAAGAAAAAUCAUAGUGUUAAUGAAUUAUUGAGGGCGAAAAAAAGGUGUUUUCUUCUUUGACUACAGAGUCCAAAUCCACUUAAAUUCUGUUUUCCUGGAAAGAGGUACAGCAUAAGGAAUAGCUCUUUAUUGAUGUUUUAAAAGCAGCAACUCGGUGGUGUACUACUGGAACUAAUGACUGCAAAGUGUUAAACGACUGAAAUAUACAGUCUCUUAGUUACUCAUUUCCAUCUUCUCUUCAACUUUCACAUCAGUCUUCCAGAAUCAAGAUCAACAUAUCAGGUGUUCAUUGCCUUUCUCCAUUGUCUAGUAGACAUGUCUAAAGUUCAAACUUUAUAGGAUAAAUAAAUGUAUAAUAGAUUAUCUGUCACUUGUGGUUGAAAGGCAAAUCUACAAUAAAUGUGAGAAUUUUCCACAAUAAAAUAUGGAUAACUUAUAAAAACAUUGGUUACUAAAAUUAGAUCCUCAUUUUAUUGUAGUUGGUUCAAUUACACUAAUUCUAAAAGCAUCCAUGCAUAUUUAUAUCUCCAGUCUCUGUUCAGGAAAAGGAACAUAUUGAAUAUUUUCCUCAGGAAUAUGGACCAGAAUUGUCUCCCUUCACACAAACAUACACCUACACGUAUUCACAUAAUUCAGGUAGUAUAUGUUCUUUUGUUUUCUUCAUUCUUCUGACUGCAUCAGAAUCACAUUCCAAAUUCUCUUUUCUUAUUAAGAAGAGAUGUCAGAUCAUCAAUUGUAGUAAAUAAAAUAUAAAAUGUCCCCUACAAGGACAGUUUUCAGGUACUUAAAACUUUUCAUCAGUAUUGGACAGAAAUCAAUUAGUUGUUGAUUUGGUUUUGCUACAAAUGGAUAAAAUAUUGAAAAUUGAAUUGCCAAUUGACAAAAUAAUUAUUAAAACAAACUAUUUCUUAUUAUUUUCAGUUCUGAGAGGAACGUAAGGUUCUAUUUCUAUAAGCACUUAGAGUGUCCUAUGAUCUUUGGUUGCACUGUUAGCAUUUAUUAUAAGCACUUAUAACUAUGAUGCUUCAUUUAGAUUUUUAUCUCUUGCGCUUCUUUUAGGUUAGGAAAUUAAGUUACCAAGCACGUUGCUCUGUGCUGGACCUCCAAGAGUGAUCAUCCGAUCAAUGAGUAUUCAUGGAGGCAUACUCAGAACUGCAGUGAGUCCUGAGAAAAUGUAGAAGAGUUGAAAAAGAUAGGGUCUUACUCCUAAGGUAGUUUAUGAGAAUGCAUGAAAAACAAAAACAAAAUAUAGAAGACAUAUAGAAUAAAAAAUCUAAGCAUAAGCUGUAAAUACAGAAGGUCAAAGAAAAUGAAAAUGACUGACAAACUUUAUGGGAACAGCAGAAUUUGACUUCUCUUUGAAAGGCAUUAAUUGAGUGAAAGUGAGAGCAUAUAAAGGAAUAAUAUCAACCAAAUGAUAAAAGUGAGAAUAAUAGGGGAAGUAUCUUUAUAGGACUUUCAUUAGAAAGAUCUGGAUGCCCUAGAAGAUGUCUGUUGGGGAGUUCUGAAGCAUAAGACUGACAACAGGUUGUGAAGGCCCUUAGAAAACUAUGGUGAAAUAAUAUAGUAUUAAUAUAAUAGAAACAAAUCUUUUUAGUAGCAGGGAGGAUGCUGAAAACUAAAAUAUAUAUUACUAACGAGUGAGAUGUAAUCUUUCAUGAAUAUUAAGCUUUGGGAUAAAUUUUGAAAGGAUCUUUUAGUUGCUUCUCACAUGGAAAAUAUGUCACUAUAAAAUGUGAGACCCUAAUGCUGAUAAAAGUAGAAAAAUAGUAAAUCCUUAUGGUAUAAUAAUUAUCUCAGGCUUAGCUUAUAUCAUUUGCUCAGAAUUUGGAGAAUUAAAAUAAUUUUAUUGUUUGACAUGGAAAAAUAAUUACUAACUUCUGGGUACAGUCAUUAAAGCCUGAUAGAUAAAUUCAUCUGAAAUAUGCCAUGUGAAACAGCUAUUAGAUACAUCUUCUCAAUAAUUUUCAAGAAGAUAUUACAUACUUUUAAUUUUAUAACAAAAUUCCACUUCAUUAUCUGAGUUGAUAAUUUGAUUAAAUGUUAAAAAUUACAGAUAAGGAAUAUAUUUUGGAGUUCAUAGAAAACACACCACUUUAUUAGAUAGAGACUGGCUUCGGUUCUCAUGUUAUCUGCUCUUCUCAUUUCUUCAUAUUUUGAGUAGACUUGCACUGAUGAUGUCAUUACUCAGUCAUUAUUUUCCAUUCUGUUAAGGUACAACUACUGGGCCCUGAAACCUAUCCUUCACAAUCUUGGCUGAGAUAAGGACUUGGCACAGGAUGAUAGAGCCUGGACACAAGAGAUCUGGAGAGGGAACUGAUAUUUGCUGCUACAUUCAGAUUAUGAGAUGUCAGGGAACUGUAAAAAGGGUAAUGAAUUUUUAAAGAGAGUAAAGAGUUGUGCUGUGUCCCGGUCAACUGAAAUAUGUUAAAAAUUAAUUAGAUGGUAGUUCUUAACUUUUUAAGGCAGAUACCUUGAGAAUCUAGUGAGUUAUAAACCCUCUCCCUAGAAAAGUAUAGAACUGUUUAUAUGGACAAUAAUUCACAUGCAUUCAGAGAUCUUAGGGAUCUCCUGAAUGUUUUCUUGAAUCCCAAGUGAAAAAUUCCUGAAUCAGGUCUCUUAGGUAUGCAGUUAAUGUCAUGUAUAACAAUGGGGGGGACCCUUACUUGUAAAUCUAAAUAUAAUUAUCCCAAUCCUAAUAAUGAUGAGGUUGCAUAGGAAAGUAAUAGUGUACCAAACUUUAGAUUAUUCACUAAAAAAGUUGUUCAUUUAUGAAGUAGUCAUUUUUCAAACAUGUCCUCCCCACUCAGCAAACUAUGCCUUCUAUUUAUUAUAUAUGGGUCAGUUUCACUAUAAUUACUGAGCAUUAUAAACAUCUGACCAUAACAUUUUGAAAUGAUGCAAAUAAAUUUCCAAACAAAAAUAGUGUGAAUUUAAAAGCAAAUUAUUUGAGUAUCUAAGAAACAAGGUAGACCUCUAGAAAAAUUUGACUCUCUAGAAUAUUUUUUGCAGAAAUGAGAUUUUUCAUAAUAGUAAAAGAGGCAUAUGUUUAUCAAACAAUGCUGUCACAAAAAGCAUCAACUGUAAUGGGACUAUUAAUGCAUAAUUAUUGAUUUAUUCAUUCAAUUAAUAUACAAUUAUCCCUUUUCAUUUAAAGAUUUAAUUCAUAAUUACAGUUAUAAUAAAACUUCCUUUAAAGUAAGAUACAAUAAUUUUAUUGUUUUUCAUUCUUUUUUUAACAAAAUAUCCCAUCCAAUCAUUUUUUAUAUUAUUAAAUAUUGGCUGCUUUUUCUUGGAUUCACAUUAAAUAGCCCUUUCCAACUUCCAAUUAUCUUAAAAUAAUGAUGACCUCCUAUGAGUAGAUACAGCUCUUUACAAUUUUUUUCUUUAGUGCCUUUUCUUCUUGAAUUUUUCCUAUGUCAAAUGGAGAAUAUAUGUACAGAUGGUAUUUUCUCAGUGUAUAGGCAUAUCAGUGGCCAUGGCUUUCUUUAUAUAGGUUUUUAAAAAAGCUCUAAAUAAUAAAUAGCCAGAUGAGCUGGGGACAUUGAGAAAUAGCCUUACUCUUUUUUUUUCAACUCAUUUUUUCCCACCUACAUGACUGUAAAUCAAAUAUUUAAUAGCUCUUACUUAAAAAAUAGAUACAAAGAAUGUCUUGAUUUGGUGUGCUCAUUUACCAUAAUGUCAUGAGGGGAAUUAGAUUUCACAACUUUAAAAGGAAUAUAUUUUUAUUUUAUUUUGAAAAACUGAGUCAUAUAGGAAUUUUCUUAUACUUCAAGGCAUCAUGGAAACACUUUUUUCCUGUUUGGAUAUUGUGGAAUUUAAACAUUCAAAUAAAUAAAUGGCAUAACUAAGUGUUCCAAAUUUUUUUACAAUGUCUUUGACCCUAUUCAAACAUUUUAGGUAUUUACUGACCAUCUGAUAUGUAAGAUGUGGAAUAAAACUGGAAUCAAUUAAUUAUUUCACUGUGUUAUCAGCGCAAGAUCAACCAUCUGGGUUUCUUAAAGACACCCGAAGGAUUGAAUUUUGUUUCAGUAUUGAUAAUGGCAUAGUCUCUGUGUGCUACAUGGAAUUACAUCAUUUAUCCCUCCAGUGCCCUAUAUGUUAAGUAUGUCAGUUUGACUUAGUAUACAUAUAUACAGAGAUUUCAUUACAUUUACCUAAUAAAUACAAAAUACAUUUCGAGUGUUACUGAUCUCCUAUGUUAUUGUGCAUUGAUGUUCCAAUGUUUUAUUGUUUGUAUGAAUUCUAAUUUGAAAACAAGGAAACAAUCCAAAAGCAGAAAAAAUAGCUUUUCUUAAAAUUUUCAGUGCUACAUUUUCCCUCUGAGGUCCAUAGAGAAUUUGAAUGUAUAGGAGAUUAUCUGAAAACAGCUAUUUUGAUUAAAAAAUAUAUCUCCCAGGAUUCAACCAACUUAAUGAUGAAAUACUAUUGUCUACUGCUUUAUACAUAAAAGGGAACUUUUUAUCUGCUUGUAAAGGGAUUUUUAUGUGUAUUUCUGCAUAAUCAGAUGACUUCUAUUGUGUUUUCUACUGAUGAAAUUCUCUGUAAAAUGUCUUUUUCUUACAUUAUCCAACAGGCAUAAAGAAUAACAGUAAAGACUUUUGUGUUUGUAAUACUACCUCUUUUAUCCCUGCACUACUGUUUUAUUGCAAAAAUUCUAUAUUGUCACUGUAUUUUUUCCAUAGAAAUAAAUUUUGUUUUUGUGUUAAAGCUGGUAGUUUAUGUAGCAGACAAAAUAUACAAAUAAAAGAAGAGACUGAUUUUGCUGAAAGAAUUAUAUAUAAUCAAGAAGUUACAUAUUGUUCUUUAAAUAUGAUACUGAAUUUUAAAAGCAAAUGAAAUUCAAGAAUCUUAUCUAACAGCAUAGCAGUUGCUUAUGGCAUACAAGGCUAAAAUUAAUUCAGCUAUUUAAUCUUAAUAAUUAUUAUGUAGUUAAAAAUCUUUGACUUUAAUAGUGUUUUACAUAUAUAAAUAGCUGAAGUAACAUUCCUAUAAUUUUAAUCUGACAUUGAUUAGAUCAAGAAAACAUUGUUAAUAAGACUGUAGAAUUUGUAAUUAUUGCUAUUUUUCAUUUUUAAUAACAAAGUAAUGUGUCUUAUUUUCUAAGAAAAUGGAGAACUUUGGUGUACUUUAAUACAUACAAAAAUCUUUGUAAAAAUACCUUAAAAUGUACCAAUAUUUUCUUUGCAUAUAUUAAAUGAAAGACUAUAAUUAUGAAAUGUUUUACAGUUUUUGUUCUGCCUUUGUAUAUAGACUGCACUGGAAAACAGAGAAUGUGGGUUAAUCAUUUGAAAGGAUAUUUAAAACAGUCACCAGACAUCACAGCUGACAACUACUCACUACAUAGUCCAUGCUGAAAAUGAUGAUUCAAUAUUUCCCUAUUAAUGAAAAUAAUUGUUACAUUCUUUAAUAUGGUCUCCUGCCAUCUGCUUCACCAUGCUGUUAUGGCUUUGAUUUAUGGAAAAUAUUUAUCAGAAUGUUGCUAAAUUGCUAACAGGCAUAAUGGUAGCAGUGAAAUCACUAAGAAACUCUGCAAAACCUUUUAAUAUACUAGAUGGUCCCCAGACAAUCUAGGAUAAAUAGAAUACUGUAUUUUAAUAUGUAAAACAUCUUAAAGCUGCUAAUUGGUAUUGACUAGACCUAUCCUUUGAUAAUGAAAUUAAUAAGGAUUUCAGUUGUGUUAAGACUUUCUAAUAUUUAAUACCAUGUUUAUGAAAUUUUUCCCUCCAUACUUUAUUUUAAAAUACUAAAACAGGACUGCUCAGAGUUAACCAUAAAGGGUGGUAUUCUAUGUUCAAAUACAGGUUCUUUGCUUUUUUAAAAAAAGUAAUGUCAUGAAUAUUUUUCUUAAAGUAUUAUCAAUGCCCAAAAUACUGAUCAUUAUAAUAAUCUUUGUAUGGAAAGAAUAAUCUAAUACAGGUAAAAAUAAGUCAGGGUGACUUUUCUUAAACAGUAUAUAGGCUGAAAAUAUGGAUGACUGAAUGGUUUUGAUACUUGAUUGUUUAUUGUAUGUGUAUGUACAUCUGUGGUGUGUUUGGGCAUACAUAUAUGUGUCCAUGUGGGAGCUUAUUUAAAACGUUUUAUAAUUCUUCAAUAUUAGAAAAGACUGCAUAUAAGAAUAUGUUCUUUGUUAUUCUUUUAGCCCUAGAAAAAUCCUUAAGCUAAAGAGAAUAUGUUAUUCUUUAUUGGAAAAUACAUGUAGCAAAUACUGAAGCUGUCUCCAAAUCUUUCCUAUUAGAAACACACACACACACACACACACACACACACGUAUCAUACAUCAUACUCCUUACCAUGAGUUGAGUUUAAAGGUGGAAAAGAUGAAAAAAGUUGUAAUAGGUUUUAAUAUUUUUGGUAAAAUAAUAUUUUCAGCUAUAAAACAUUAAGAUCUAAUACAAGCAUUGAUUUUAUUGACCACCAAAAGGAAGAUUAAAACCCUCUAAAAAGUUAUUACUGUCACCUGCGGAGUUCUAGCUAAGUGGUAGUGAAGUAGUAAAAUACAAUAAGGCUUAUUGGUUAAGUAAUGGAUGCCUAUCAUUUUAGAUAUGUAUCAGUUUCAUUAAUUGGCAACCAUAAGACAAAAGUAUUACAUUUGAGACAGUAAUGAUUUUGAUAGGCUCAACCACAUUGUGGUUAAGUAUAUGAUUCACGUAAUAAGAAAAAGGUGCCU